AGUGGGCGCCGACACGGGUGGGCGGGGAAAAGGGGGCCGGCGGAGCAGGUCCCACUUCCCUAACCUGACGGCCUCCGUGCUUCCCAGCCUUCUCGAGCGGUCUUGCGCCAGGCCUAGAAGCUCCUCAGCCCACCGCGCGAACUUGACCCCUGUGUUGUUGGAUGGUGAUUGUCUCAAUAUCGCGGUCUGCAGAGGUUGUAUACAUCCAUCCCUGUCCAAAGAUCAGACUCCAUGAACCCACUGAGUUUGUGCCUCGUAGCAACAUACAGGGAAAGUGGGAACGAAAAAGCACUCAGCUAGCUAGUAUUGUCUGAGAAUCUAGGCAGUUCUUCAGACAAUCGCCAUGGGUAUCCGAGGACUAAUGAGUUUUGUGGAAGAUCAUAGCAAUGAAUUCUUCACUGACUUGAAGUUACGAGACACAAAAAUAAUCAUUGACGGCUAUGCUCUCUUCCACCGGCUUUGCUUCAAUUCUAACUUGGAGCUCCGGUAUGGAGGGGACUAUGAUUCCUUUGCAGAUGUUGUACAAAAAUUUUUUGAAGCACUCUUUGUUUGUAAAAUCUGCCCAUAUGUUGUAUUAGAUGGAGGAUGUGACAUCUCCGAUAAAAAGCUUAAAACUUUAAAGGACCGAGCCAGGGAGAAGAUCCAGAUGGCCCAUUCCCUUUCUGUUGGUGGGGGUGGGUGUGUGUGUCCUUUGCUCAUCCGAGAAGUCUUCAUACAGGUUCUGAUCAAGUUACAGGUAUGUUUUGUCCAGUGCUUUUCAGAAGCAGAUCGAGACAUUAUGACACUUGCCAAUCAUUGGAAUUGCCCAGUGCUAUCUUCCGAUAGUGACUUUUGCAUUUUUGACCUGAAAAGCGGGUUUUGCCCAUUGAACAGCUUUCAGUGGAGAAACGUAAACACUGUCAAGGGUACACGAGACCACUACAUCCCUGCCAAGUGCUUCUCCCUUGACGCGCUCUGCCGUCACUUUGGCCACAUGAACAAAGCUCUCUUGCCUCUUUUUGCAGUGCUGUGUGGAAAUGACCACAUUAAUCUGCCCAUCGUGGAGACAUUCUUAAGUCAAGUCCGUCCUCCUCUUGGGGCUCCCAGUUCCAAGGGGAGGAGACACCACAGGGUGCUGGGACUUCUCAAUUGGUUGUCUUGCUUUGCUGACCCAACGGAAGCACUCGAUAAUGUUCUAAAACAUCUCCCCAAAAAGAGCCGAGCAAGUGUGGAGGAGCUUCUCUGCUGCUCCAUGGAGGAGUACCUGCAGUCCCAGGUGAGGCUGCAGGACUUCUUCCAACAGGGGACUUACUCCUGCCCAGACACCCUGAAUCGGGGUUUUCCGCCGUGGGUCCUUGUGGCCUUGGCCAGAGGCCAACUGUCCCCUUUCGUCAGUGAUGCUCUGGUGCUGAGACGGACUAUUCUGCACACACAGGUGGAAAACAUGCAACGAAUAAAUGCCCACAGAGUCUCUCUGCCCAUCCGGCAAGUCAUCUAUGGGCUCCUUGCCAAUGUUUCUCCACCUUCAGGAGACAUGGCCUGGAACAGACAGCCCCUUCAGCCUCGAGCUUUCAGUGAAGUGGAAAGGAUUAAUAAAAAUAUCAAAACAUCAGUGGUUGAUGCAGCAGAACUGCCCAAGGAUUAUUCUGACUUAAGCAGAUUGACAGAGCUCUCUUUGGCUAGACGGCAGAUGCUCUUGUUAGAAACACUGAAGGUGAAACAGGCCAUACUGGACCCAAUCCCUCCUGCGCUGAAGCUGCCCAUCGCUGUCAGCUGCUACUGGGUGCAGCACUCAGAGGUCAAGGCCAAGCUGCAACAUCUGCAAGCCUUACUGCUGGGGAUGCUGCUGGGGCCCUUGCACACCACGAUCAACAGCCCUGAGGAGGAAGCUCUGCGUGGGGGUGGCGCUAAGAUGCUGUACGAAGAGCUGCAACGAGUGAAGGCACAGCCUCCAGGCCAGGGGCUGGACUUGGAUGCAGCGCACGUCUUCUGUCAGUGGCAGAGCUGCCUUCAGAUGGGGCUGUAUCUCAACCAGCUGCUGUCCUCACCUCUCCCAGAGCCAGACCUACCUCGGUCUGAAUGAUACUAAUUCAAGCCCAUCCAGCUGUCAAGAUUCUAAGAUGAGAACCUCAUGCCAAGGAAGAAUAUCUUAAACUUCAAAGGCUUGCACUGCCCCCAGGCAGUGUACCAGCCUGUUCAAAUGGGGAAAAGAGAUGAACAAGGUAAUACAUGGAAAAGUGUUCAGGGGCAGGAAUCAAAUUUUCACGUAACAUGACGCAAAGCACAUGCAAUCACUUUUAUGCCUAACUAGUACUUAUGACACUUUAGAUAUUUGGUUAAACUAGCUAAAUUUUCCAAUAUUUAUAUAGAUAUAUGCAUGUGUGUGUAUACAGUUUUCCCGUUACCACUUCAGGGGACACUUGGAGAGUUCCAUGUACAAUUUAACCCACUGUCAUCAGGGUCAGGGAAUACUUAAUGUUUUUACAAAAAACAAAAAUGAAGCAAAACUAAUCAGAAUAUAUCAGUACUGGAUUUUUGAUAGUUUAAUAGGACUGAAUCAUUUGACUGAAAAAAUUAUGAAUCACUUUGCUGUACAGCAGAAAUUAACACAACAUUGUAAAUCAACUAGACUUCAGUAAAAUAAAUUUUUUCAAAAAUAUACCUUUUAGGCACUUAGGUGAUGAAAAACAUCUGCAAGGCAGCUAGAUAUAUGUCUGAAGCCUAGAUUAAAGUCUUGGGCGUUGAGAUCAUGAGAUGUUUUCCUCUUCCAUUCCUCCAUUUGUAAGUAUCUCUAAUGAGUAUGUUGUACUAUUAUAAUCAGAGAAAUGUUUGUACUAAUUUAAGACUCUAGGAACGAUGGUGUCAAGAGAGCAAGCUUCUGGCAUUCCCUUGUCUUGCUCCCUCAAAACUAAGGAAAACAAGAGGUAAAAAUGGUGGGAAAGGGACCUUUGGUGUUGAAAUCUGGGAAUGGUGACAUCCACACAUCCAAGUUCUCAAUCACAAAGUACUGUAGCCCUUUAAGCUUCCAGAUUUAUGCCAGAUGUUUUCUUAGACACAGACUAAAGAAACUGACCCUGUUAUGAUAACUACAACCUAUUCUGUAAAGCUAUUUUGAUAAGUCAGACAGCCAAGGAUAGACCCUAAGAGGAACUCACUAUGAAAUAUUGUCAUGACUAUGUCUUAGAAAUGUAAAUACUGUGCAAAUAUUUUGGUUUAGAAUGUUCAGUUCUUUCUUCUUCCCUAGGAUUGGACUGAUAGUAUAUUUUGGAUAAUACACCCCAGCCUGCUCAAACGAUGCCUGUUUCUGACUUUAUGUUUGGAGGAAGCAACUGUUGAGAGGGAUGCCUCUACUUCUCUCAUACAUCCAAGGGGGUGGGAGGGGCAGGUGGACCAGAGGGGAGCAGACACUGCAACAGAGGCUCAGGCGAAUGGUGUGUGCGUGCGUGUGUGGUAAGGACCAUAAACUCAGAUGGGACAGCAGAUCAGAACAGCCCCCACAUUAUACGCACAAAGAGCCUUGUGACAAGGUGGGACAGGCGUGGCAUGUCCUCCUUGUUGAUGAUGUUCUGAGAACAGAUGGAGUCUCUGACUUCCCAUAUAGGAGCCUUGGUGGAGAGGCAGAGGACUCACUGAUGGCAAAUCCGGUAUCAACUGCAUCCAUCCCUGAGAGACCAUCCUGAUGGAAGACUGGAAGAGCAACUGAUGCCACUUUGUUUCUGGUAAACUGAAUGUGGUGCCAAGGCCUGUUCUGCUCUUUGUAAAUAUCUAUACCCUAUGAGUAAGCAACUUUUUUCUGUAAAGGGCCAGGAAAUAUUUUAGGUUUAAUAGUGCAUGUGGUCUCUGCUACAACUACACACCACUUUAUCUGUGGCAGGAUCACAGUAAUAAACAACAUGUAAGUGCAUGUAUGUACCUGGGUUCCAAUAAAACUUUCAGGCCAUAGUCUGUCAUCCCCAAAACUAAAUCAAUAGCCCCAUGUGGGCGAGUUAGGAAGGUGUUAAAUGGUUUCUCUAACAUGUAACACCUCUAUUUCAUGGGCUAUCUAGACCUAUUCCAUGUAGAAAGACGCUUAUAAAUUUUAAUACAAUCCUGCUAUACAACUAUAUGGAUGAAUAUGAGAAAGGAACAAAAAAAAAUACUCAUUUGUAACUCCCUAAAAUUGAUCUAAUAAUGCUUAAAUAUAAAGUUUGUCAUGAGUUUCCUAUCAAGCAUACAUUUUCUGCCAUCACCGGUUUGGUUGGGGCUGCUAUAUAUUGCUCAAGGAUAAUAUUUUUUAAGACUCACAUAACAAGCUGUUUCAUACUAUGCUUUGAAGAUGCAGAUUUGAUGAAAAAAGAGCAAAUGGUCAAGACAUGACAGUAUUUUAUUUUUGGUAAGAUGUCACCAAAUUUUACUUCCCAACUGGCACUUCAGUAUAUUUAUCAUAGGGAAGGCCUUAAUAGAAAAUUGCUUCUAAUACAGUUGAGUGAAUUGAUAUAAAAAAAAAACCUUGUAUUAAAAAGCACAUUUUGUUUUGAAUUCAAAAGCAGGAAAAAAAAAAAAUAAGGACCUCCAGGGUCAAGCAGGACAAUGUGCCCAAUUUCCAGCACCAUGUGCUAUGAAUACUUUUGAGCUAUGGUUUCUGCUCGGAAAAUAUCUAAGUCGAACAAUGCAAUUAUUGCUGAAGAAAUAAUGGUUAUGGGGUGACCUGGUUUGAUAUAUGAAGGCAGUUCAGCUGUGCCCAAGAGUCAUGGGACCAAGGCAGACAUGGGGGUCCUUGCCAAUGGAAUGGCAGGGCUGGGGGUCCUGUGAUCAGCACAGGAAGUACUGCCCACCUGGAGGAGUCACCACACUCACACGUACACAGGCACAUGGGCAGUUCUAGAUCAAAGAAUUUAGAAGGAUCAAAACUAAUGGCUCGAAUAUUUUUUCCUACCCAAGCUUCACCACUUAAACUUAUUUUGAAUGAUAAAAAGAUUAUAGCAAAUUUCUGUCUAGAUUUUUCAAUUUAAGUGGCUUGGACUUAAAUUUUUACUGUUUCCAAACAACAAAAAGCCUAUGAUUUUUAUGCCCAAACUUAUGGGUGCAUUUAUUCUUUUUUUUGGCUGUGCCCAUGGCAUGCAAAGUUCCCAGCGCCAGGGAUCGAAAGCUAGUCACAGCAAUGUCCCAAGCCACUGCAGUGAUAAUGCUGAAUCCUAACCUGCUGAGCCAUCAAGGAGCUCUACGGGUGCCUUUAUCUUAACAGUAUCUGCAAGAAAACUGCACCCCCUCCACACCCACACAGACAAAUCCUUAGAGCCAUCUGGAAAGGCCAUCCUAGUUGGCUCUUAAACUGGGCUUUGAGGAACAGUUAAAAAUUCUGAUUCUCCAAACUGAAACAGAGGAAAAAUGAUUUCAACUUAAAGGAAUAUGGUCCAAAAAAACAAAAACACCAGUACAUGGAUUGUGCUGGAACAUCUUGUGGGAUCUGAGGCUUGAAAGAUCCAAGGAAGAACGAUGAGUAAAAUGGAAAACAAAAAACAAAAGCAUUAUUUUCUACUCACCUAUAAUAAAUUCUUAAAAAUUCACUCUAAAAUUACUUUCAAAAAUAUUCUGUCAAAGCUGUUUCAUUCAGGAGUGCCCGUCGUGGCGCAGUGGUUAAUGAAUCCGACUAGGAACUAUGAGGUUGAGAGUUCGAUUCCUGCCCUUGCUCAGUGAGUUAACGAUCCGGCGUUGCCGUGAGCUGUGGUAUAGGUUGCAGACGCGGCUCAGAUCCCACGUUGCUGUGGCUCUGGCGUAGGUUGGCAGCUACAGCUCCAAUUAGACCCCUAGGCCUGGGAACCUCCAUAUGCCAUGGGAGCGGCCCAAGAAAUGGCAAAAA